AGUCGACUCUUUAAAUCCUAUGCAUGGGAUUCGAAGAGUCGACUCUUAUUAAGAAUCGAAUCCCAGGCACAAAAUGUCACGGCAGGUGCAACAAGUCGCGCGACAGCUUUGAGGAGGAGUUUCCCGAAACCGGGGCCGGUGAUUGGGGCUCGCGCAUGAACCGAGUCGUUACCCGGCUGGAGAAGUGUGCACCUGCCGUGUGGAGCUGCAGCCAUGGACCGAGUACUGAGAGCGCACGUGUUAAAAUCGGAGCCCGAAAACGUCUUCGACAUUCUGGAGGAAAGAAGGCGGGGCAGCGAUAUAGGAUACGCCCUCAGGACUUUUAGCGCUCAGCCGUAUCCCGGGGCCACACCGCUGUCUGUGAGCGCCCUCAACAGGAUGGUGCAGGAGUCACAGUAUCUACGCUACGUUAUCUCUGAGAUAGCCGUGGAGUCGGGUGAGCCGUUCGAGUGUGUGAAGGAGGAGGCUGUGAGCAUCUUAGAGGAGAUGAGUCAGAACCUGCAGCUGAGCUUCAUCCGCCUCAUGGGUUUCGCUCUCACUAAGAUCUUCAAGAGGCUCUUCAGCGCCAUACGGGUGAACGAGGCCGGACUCGCCCGGCUCCAACGGGCCAUUCAGGAGCAUCCUGUCAUUCUGAUGCCUAAUCACAGGAGCUACAUCGACUUCCUGAUUAUUUCCUACAUCAUGUUCACCUACGAUCUUUCCGUCCCCGUCAUCGCUGCUGGAAUUCCGCUGAUGGGAAUGUCUCUGAUUGGUGAGAUCUUGCGUCGGUCCGGAGCGUUCUUCAUUCGCCGUGCCAUUGGCUCGGAUAAGCUCUACUGGGCCGUGCUCUCUGAGUACGUCAGGACCAUAGUGCGGACGGGUUUUGCUCCUCUAGAGUUUUAUGUGGAAGGAUUGCGUAGCAGGACGCUGAAGUCUCUGAAUCCCAAACUGGGGAUGAUGCAGAUGGUCUUGGAGCCGUUUUUUAAAGGCGAGGUGUACGACAUCACCCUGGUUCCGAUCAGCAUCAGCUACGAUCGCGUCCUGGAAGAAUCUCUGCUUGCUCACGAGCUGCUCGGCGUUCCCAAACCCCGAGAGACCACCCGGGGUUUGCUUAAGGCUCGGCGGGUUCUGGAGGAAAACUACGGCUGCAUGCAUGUGUCGUUCGGGAACCCGGUGUCUGUGAGAGAGCUGGCUAAGGGGAGGAUCCCCCGCGGUCAGUACAACCUGAUACCCAGGGAUCUGCCACUGAAGCCCGGUGCGGAGCUGCAGAAGUUUGUGGGUGAUGUCGCUCACUUAUUGGUGCUGUUACAGGAGCGAGGUUUGGUUCUCAACCCGUGGAGUCUCAUGGCGCUGAUCCUCCUGCAGAACCCCGAUGGUGUGGACUGGAACACGUUUACUCAUAAAACCCUGCGCCUGAGGACACUUGCUGCUCAACUCGGAGCCCAAAUCGACUGGCCUGCACAGCUUCCUGACUCGGAGGUGAUGUCGUCCAGCAUGGCCCUGCAUCAGUCCGUGGCACGCAUUGAGAAAGGGUACGUCCGUCUGGUCGAGGAGGCGGGGCCAGGACCCGUCACUCAAGAGGAGUUCGCGUUCAGACGAGCCUCUGCGGCGCUCAUGUGCGCCUCCUACAGGAACCAAGCACUCCAUGUGUUCACCCGACCGGCACUGGUCGCUGUCGCCAUGACGGCGGCUCCAAGUUGCAGCAAAGAGGACGUCUUUAGCCGCUUCUGUUUCCUGCAAGACCUUUUGGCAAACGAGUUCGUCUUCAUGCCUGGCCAUGCAGCGCAGGAUUUUGAGGAGGGCUGCUCCGGCCUGCUGCGAUGUGGAGCUCUGAGUAUCGAAGAUCACGGCCUGCGAGCGACGGACGAAGAGCAGGACACCGCCGUCUUCCUCGGCGCCGUUCUUGAGCCGUUUAUUGAAACGUACCAGGUGGUGCUUCGAGUUCUGUGUGAGGAAACGUUCCGGACGUUUACGGAGAAGAGGUUCGUGCCUGACGUCCGCGCUGCCGUCAUGAAGCUCUUCCUCUCAGGUGAGGCGCGGUCGUACGAGUGUUUGUCCUCCGACACGCAGAAGAACGCCCUCGCGGCUCUGGUUAGGAUGGGAGCCGUGUCUAAAUCCAGGGCAGCUGAACAGGUCGAGUACAGGGUGAACCAAAGUGCAGUGAUGAGAAUAAGGAGCACGCUGGAUGGCAGUGUCGCGUCCAAGUUGCCGCUGUACUCGAGACUGUGACGCGGCCCUCCGUUUCUGCUCUUUUUUUAAAAAAAUUUUUAUAGUCUGUAAUAAAUAACGAGUUAAAGUAGGACCUUCCACAGCCUCAGCGAUACUUAUGACAAAAUAAUACGGACGAACCCAGGAUGAAGAUCAUUCCCACAGAAAAUUCCCAGGAUUCCCUGCUCUAACGUGUAAAAGGAAUUUGGCAGCUGACGUUUGCACUAAAUACAUUUCACAAUAACACAAUGUCAUUUGUAGUAAAUUUUCAGUGACUGUAGAUGCAUUAAUUACACCUGUAUGUAAUUGUAGAUAUUUUGACUUGUAGAUAGUAAUUUAUCAUUAAAAAAAAUAAUAAUUUAAAAAACAGACUAUAAUAAUAGUGUUUCAAUGUAAUGUGAAAUAGCACAAUGUAAAAUAUUGUAUAAUACAUUAGGAAUAAUAAUAAUAAUAAUAAUAGUUUCUAAUUAAAUAUGUGAUUCCACGUCCUGCCUUUUUCUGUGAUCUUUAUUCACGCUGUUCUCGCUCUCAGAAGUCAUUUGACUUCUCUUGUACUGUAUAUAAAUAAAGCUUUCUUGGCUAAAUAAAAUGUUUUUACACUUUCA